GUCAGAAUUGACCUUUGACCAAAAUUUCCCAAACCAUGAGUGUGUGUGUUCUAAACUUCUAAUUCUAACCUAAAAGAAAACCUAGAACCCUCUGUAUGUUUGCCGGAUCCUCCCUACUGCUGCUUUGCCAAUACCUGAAGGGGCAUCGUUUUCAUUUGAAGCCAUUGUUAGCUAAACAUUUUGAGAUUUGAGGUGAUUCUAGAUGGGAGAGGCUCGGGAUGGGGUGAAGGUAAAGAGAGUGGUUUUCGUUACAGUGGGAACAACAUGUUUUGAUGCACUUGUUAAAGUGGCGGAUUCUCAGGAAGUUAAGGACGAGUUAUAUAGAAGAGGGUAUACUGAUCUUCUCAUUCAAAUGGGUCGAGGGUCAUAUCUUCCUAUAAAGUCUACUGGUGAUGAUGGAUCUUUGGCUGUAGACUACUUCACAUUUUCAUCGAGCAUUGCGGACCAUCUGAGAUCUGCAUCGCUUGUGAUCAGUCAUGCAGGUUCUGGGAGCAUAUUUGAGACCUUGCAGCUUGGCAAACCUCUAAUUGUUGUUGUCAAUGAAGAUUUGAUGGAUAAUCAUCAGAGUGAGUUAGCAGAAGAACUGGCAGAGAGAAAACAUUUAUAUUGUGCUCGUCCUCUGACACUCCACCAAACUAUAGCCGGUAUGGAUUUGAAUUCUCUUGUUCCAUACUCUCCGGGAGAUGCCACACCAGUGGCCAAACUGAUAAAUAGGUUUCUUGGUUUUCCAGAAGAGUCAUGAGCUUGAAUAUAAUAUUAAAAAAAAAAAAAAACUGAGCAAUCCUAGGGAAAGCUUCUUGCAUCAAUGACCCCAACUAAGGAUUUAUGUUUAAAUAUUUCUUCCCUUAUAGAAUGUUGCCUAGUGAGUUUGCAUAGGCAUCAUAUAUUGUCACAAAAUUUCACCCAUGUUGCAGAAAUUCUACAAACAUGUGAUGUUAUAUCAACAAUUGAAAAUGGAAA